GUGAGCUCGGUGAGAUCUCGUCUCACCUCCUCGCUCGCUGCUCGCGCACACAUGUCAGACGACUCGGACGACUACACCAGCGACCCCUACGACUCCGAUGGCCUGCUCGACGGGAAUGACUCCGACUUCGAAGAACCGGUGAUCAAGGACAAGGGUAAGGGAAAGUCGCAGAGCAUCGAGUACCAGGCGCUCUCUGCUGUGCGGCUGCAGGAGCUCGUGGACGACGAUAUACGCAGCGUGGCGGGCAUCACUGGCUUAGAGUCGCCCAUCGCGUCUAUCCUGCUUCAGCACUUUGGAUGGGGCAGGGAGGACCUCAUCGAGAAGUACUUGGACUCGCCCGGCCGCGACUCCGUCCUGCGAAGCGCUGGUGAGCCACAGAACGUCAGCAUCGCGCCACUACCACCAUCGCCCGCCGUGCGCCAGAAGAAGCGCGCCCGCCUGAACACGCCCACCGAGUUCGUCUGCGGGGUGUGCUGCAGCGAGGUCGCGCCUGAGGAGAUCUUCCGCCUCCGGUGCACACACGCGUUCUGCGAACCAUGUUGGCAGGCGUAUGUCACGGGGAAGGUGAAGGACGAAGGCCAGUGCCUCCUUCACUGCAUGCAGGACGGCUGUCAGACGGUCGUCGACGAGCCUUCGAUCCGGAAGCUCGUGGACGGCACGGUGUAUGAUCGAUACCGCGAACUCGUCCUCCAAAACUAUGUGCAGGCACAUCCACAUCUGCGAUUCUGUCCGUACCCGUCGUGCACUGAGACCGUAUCUUGUCCUGGAGGCAGAGGCUCCGCGCUUCUUACAGAAGUACCGACAGUGCAAUGUGGGCAGGGACAUGUCUUCUGCUUUGGGUGCGGGCUGGACUCGGACCACCGUCCCCUUAUAUGCAAGUUUGUUCUGAUCUGGAAUAAGAACGCACGCGAGGAUGCAGGGACAGCGCAGUGGAUCAAGGCCAAUACGCGUACCUGUCCCAGGUGCAGGAACAGCAUCGAGAAGAAUGGUGGCUGCAACCGAAUUGUAUGCCGGCAUUGCAUGCUCCAGUUCUGUUGGCUGUGCAUGCAGAAUUGGAACGUACAUGGAUAUAAUAAUGACGCGUGCAACGCGUGGAAGGAACCCGAGCCCGACGCAGAGAAGACCGAGGCAAAGCAGAAUCUGGAGAAGUGGCUGUUCUACUUCGACCGUUUCAACAAUCACGAGCUCAGCGCUCGCCUAGACCAGGAGCUGGUAGAGCGCACGGAGGAAAAGAUGUUGGAUGUGCAGAAGAGCAGCGAGCUGUCGUGGAUCGAGGCAAAAUUCAUGCAGCAGGCUGUGGACGAGCUGACCAAGUGCAGAGCCACUCUGAAGUGGACUUAUGCGAUGGCUUACUUUCUCGAACAAGGAAAUCAGAAGCAGAUUUUCGAGGACAUACAGGCAGACCUUGAGAAGGCGGUGGAGGAUUUAUCGCAACUCCUGGAAGAGCCUAUCGAAGAGAACACCGUCAAGGAUCUGCGUCGGCGCAUGAUGGACAAGACGGUCUAUGUCAAAGGCAGGCAUGAUAUUGUUUUGCAGGACACAGCAGAGGGUCUAGCCGAGGGACGAUGGCAGUGGAUCUUGCCUCUUGAAUAACACCAGAGACUCUCAUCCUGAUAUCAACGACGGAUCUUGAUGGCUGCACUCCCCGUUCCUGAAUCGAUGGUAGAUUCAAGCGCAUGUCAGCACGUAUGGCAGUUAUAUAUGUCUAAUGUAACACAGCCGGAGUGGGGGUAGUUGGCACAAUGCAGAGUCUGUCGAUGGGCUGCAGGAAAGUGGGAAGGACAUCCGUAGUGGUCGGCGACGCCGCACUCUAAACUUUGAAUCCGAGGCCUCGCAUGCACGCUACGUGUGCCUGCACUAGCUCCUUGCACUUGUCAUCUGCCUCUGACGAGUCGAACUUCAGAAAGCAGUCAUCACGCGCGGACUUUGUUUGUGGGCAUGCACAGCAUGGUUUCAGCCCUUGCGGGUUCAGCGGAU